AUGACUGGUGGCACUCAACUCGCAUGGGCAGUAGUGGAACAUGGGGAGCCUUUACGCAAGAUUCAGCUCCCUAUCCCAGAGCCAGUGGGCACUGAGGUACUUGUCAAGGUUACACACUGCGGUGUCUGUCACACAGACCUCCAUAUAGCUGAGGGCUCCUACGACCUUGGCGAGGGCGAGCGGAUGUACGUGAAGGAUAGAGGCAUCACCCUUCCGCGAGCUUUGGGCCAUGAGAUCGUAGGGAUUGUGGCCAGAUUAGGGCCCGACGUUAGCCCCAAAGAGGCUAUAUUAGGCGCAAGUCGAGUGGUCUACCCAUGGGUCGGCUGCCAGAAGUGUGACCGUUGCAUGGAUGGCGACGACAACAUCUGCGCCGCGCCUGCGAACCGUGGCUCCCUUACCCACGGCGGAUUCGCCCAAUAUAUCACGGUUCCUCAUCCUAGAUAUCUGGUGGACUAUGGGAAUGUCGAUCCGGCGCUUGCUUGCACCUAUGGUUGCUCUGGCUUGACCGUGCUCAGUUCCAUCCAGAAGCUGAUGCCGUUGCGCCCAACGGAUCCGAUUCUAAUCAUCGGCGCGGGUGGUUUAGGUCUUGCGGCCAUUUCCAUGCUUCUAGCCCUUGGUCACGAACACACCAUUGUCGCCGACGUAUCAGUUGAAAAACUGAAUGUGGCUCUCAAGGCUGGAGCCACUGCUGUUAUUGACAGCUCCACAGGAGAUGCUAUUCAGAACACCAUUGCCGCGGCAGGACGGCCACUAGCCGGAGCUAUCGACUUUGUAUGUAACCAGCAAACGACGGCCUUUGCACUUGGGAGCAUUGGAAAAGGUGGCAAAGUCGUCGCUGUCGGCAUCAUGGGAGGGAGUGCCCGCGUGCCUAUGGUUCCGUUUAUUCUCACUUCUAAAUCACUUCUCGGAAACAUGGUCGGCACUGUCGAGCACCUCCGCAAGGUUGCCGAGAUUGCCCAGUCUGGCCGGUUGAAACCGAUCCCCAUUACGAAUGUACCAUGGGAACAGGCCAAUGAGGCUAUGCAGCUCCUCGGCGCGGGCAAGGUUGCGGGAAGACUAGUCUUGGUCCACGAAUAG